AUUAAAUACCCACAGUCUAGUAAUUGUACAACCAGAUAACGCACACGUUUCGUUUCGCGCCAUGAGAAAAUCACGACUCACUAGUAAAAUAAAAACGUAACGAAAGUGGCACUUGAUACAAUCGAUUUCACUGGAUUUCUGUGAUCAAAAACAACAAUAAAAAAUUGAAGGCGGGCGACGUAUUAAAACUAUAACAAACACAAAACAUUUGAACGAUCUUAUACGCUUAAAAUUGUAAGCCAUAUACCUGCACGAAAGUUAAUUUGUUGCUGAUGUUCGAGGUUAUGAGAAACGCCGCUAUAAUCUUUAUAUCAUUCUACUCUUCUCUUACAACAUUAUCCGAUUGUAAGAGAACAUUUGUUGCGUGCAUUAAUGCAUUUAACACUAGUUACACAAUACUUUUCGUUAAUUGAUAAAAAAAGUCACAUGAAAACACUAACCGUCCGAUGUACACUGACCGCCAUAUGCAAUUGGUUUCUCUCCAGGCGCGCGUCAAAUUAAUCUCUAAAUAAUAGAAUCUUAUAUGAAUUACUUCAUAUCAAUUAAAAUUUUAAAUUAUUAAAUUAUAAAUUUAAAUUUAAAGUUUGGAAUGUCUCAAGAUAAAAUAGUUGGUAUUGAUAUUUUAUUAGAGUUUCUAGAAGUAGCAUUCAAUCACAUAUUAUACUUUAGAAACCUAUAUCCCAAUGAAAUUUUCAUAAAAAAGAAGAUAUAUAGUACAACAGUAUACGUUUCCGAACAUCCAGAGCUUAAUGAAUAUUUGAAGAAUGUUCUUAAUGCAAUUAAAGAACUUAUUAAGGAAGAUGAGAGCUCUAUAAAAGCAGUGAGUCUUGUUAUCUAUAACAAGAACAAGCAACCAAUUGAAAAAUUUAUUUUUGAUCUUGUUAAGAUUCAACCUAAUAGUGCAGAGAAAGAUCCAUACUAUUUAAAAACAGAAGAAGCUCUUAGAACAAUUUGUUUAAAAUUAUCUAUGUGUGAAGCAUAUUUGAAGCCAUUGCCACAAGAUUCAACCUUCUCUAUUGAAAUUCAAACAUAUGAGGCUGCCCAUGUCGGUCUAAGUGAAAAUCCUUGUUGUGAGGAUUUCCCAUGGAUCAUUAACGAAGAAUUGCCUGAAAUACCUGAUACAAAUUUAUUACCACUGAAAACUGUCAAAACUGAUUGUUUAAAUUUACAAAUGUAUGUAAUCGAAAGUGAAAAAAAUAAAAGUACAGAUUAAUUAUAU